UGAGUUGAGGGAGUGGCCAGUGUUCCUUUCGUAACAGAGGAGAAUAAAUACUUGUUAUUCACCAGGCAGCAAAAUUCCAUUAGUGAAGAAGAGAAGAGCAGCAUACCACAAUGAUUUGUCUUACAGGGCUUGUUGGUUUUCUGUUGGUUCUGACAGCUGAGGCCAGAGUUGGAAACUCCUCUGAGGUGGACUUCUGCACUGAGACAGAACAAUGCCUGCUGUUUGAUCUGGUUUGUAAGGCUGACAAAUAUGAAGUGCGUCACUACGACUCUGUGAAAUGGGUUGCAACUGAUGUGACAUCUUACGCCAUGGAACUGGCAGCACCCGUAGCUUUUACCCGUCUGUUUAAAUACAUCACAGGUGAAAAUGAGGAUGGAAAGAAAAUCCAGAUGACUUCUCCUGUUGUACUGAAAUUGCCUGAUAAGAGAUUUUGGGAAAAAGGUGUCUUCACUAUGCAUUUCCUGCUGCCAGCUGAAUAUCAGAUGAAUCCCCCCAGUCCUACAAAUAAGGAUGUUUACAUCCAUGAGACGCCAGAAAUGAACGUAUAUGUGCUGAGCUUUGGAGGAUGGUUGUCAAGCUUGUCCAACAACAAGAAAUCAGUUGAGCUGUCGACUGUCCUUGACUCUGUUAAUGCAAAAUACAAUAAAGGACACCUCUGUGUUGCUGGAUACAACAGUCCAAUGACCAUGUUUAACAGACACAACGAGGUGUGGUAUGUUGUUGAGGGAGACCCCGUGUGUCCCAGCAGCUAGUGACAUGGCCUAAUCUCCCAUAUCUUAUAUCCUGUGAGCCCUGUGCAAUGAAAGCUUACUGCAGAUGGCACAUAUGGAGAUAUGUUGUAGCUGAGCAUUGCUUUAAGAUGCAAUUGUUUUGAUAACCUACCUGUGGCAGCACAGAUAUAAAUUCAGUAGCUUUUUAUUAUCCUCUCUGUUUUCUUUUGCAUUCAAUAAAGUUACCUUUUUGCAGUGA